UUCCAAAAGCUUAAUAUUAUGAUGUUUUAGUAUUUUCUUGACAUCAGAACUCCAUAUUACUGGAGAAAAACUUCUCUGACUAGAACGAAGAACAUUUCCUGAUAGCCAUCGUCGGUUUGAACAGCCACAACUUUAAUUUCUGCACUCACAAACAGAUAAAAGAUGAGAAGGGAGCUGGAAAUGCAAGAGAUGGACUGGACGGCUCUUGCAAAUCCUUCGGAAGAGAUGCAGAGGAGCUGGCUAUUGCAAUCUACUACGCUCACGAUGAAGACAUAUGUCCAGAAGAAGAAGACAUAUAUAUGGACUCUUGCCUUCAUCGGCGUACUUGUGGUUAUUGCGUUUACGAUGAUGACGAUCAGAGCUCUCACACAUCUCGACCACUACCAACAACAACCGCCUGAAACCUACAGCAUUGCGCUUCACACUGGGCUCAAGUUUUUCAACAGCCAGCGUUCUGGGCGCUUGCCUGAAGAAAACAACGUUACGUGGAGAGGGGAUUCGUGUAUUCAAGAUGGGAAGUAUCCAGGGAGCAGCUACCCACACCUGUCUGGAGGUUAUUACGAUGGUGGUAAUGCUAUCAAAUCGAACUUCAAAAUGUCUUUUGCAAUGACCAUGUUGAGCUGGAGUGUCAUCGAAUAUCAUUCCAAGUACCAACAGCUUGGCGAACUCAUCCAUGUUGAAGGAAUUAUCAAAUGGGGAACUGACUACUUCCUCAACACUUUCGACAGUAGUGCUGAUACAAUCCAUGAUAUGGUGUUCCAGGUCGGACAUGAAGGAACUGAACGUUACUGCUGGAUCCGCCCUGAGGACAUUGAUUACCAAAGACAUGCAGAUAUCUGUUUCAGUGAAUGCCCUGAUCUUGCUGCAGAAAUGGCGGCUGCACUUGCCUCAGCAUCCAUCGUUUUCAGUAAAAACGUAGUGUAUUCCCAAAAGCUUAUUCACGGUGCCAGGAUUCUAUAUAAGUAUGCAGAGUCAUCUAUGAAUACAGACACAAGCUCGUCCUGGGAUGAGCUUUUAUGGGGUGGGGUUUGGCUCUAUUAUGCUACUGGAGAUGUAAGUUUUCUUGAUCGGGUAACCACUCUUGCCUUGGCCGAUCCUUCAGGUGUUUUCUCUCGUGACUCUGGUGUGUUUAGUUGGAACACAAAGCUCGCCGGGGCUCAGUUGCUAUUGACCCGGUUGAGGCUGUUUUUGAGCCCUGGAUAUCCAUCUGAAGAAGUGUUGAGAAAAUUUUAUAAUCAAAUCGGAAAUGUUAUGUGCUCUUACUUGCCUUCUUUCAACAAGUUUAAUAGAACCAAAGGAGGUUUGAUUCAGCUAAACCAUGGAGAUCCACAGCCUCUCCAGUAUGCUGCAAAUGCGGCUUUCCUAGCAGCAUUAUAUAGUGAUUAUUUAGAUGCAUCUGAUACUCCUGGAUGGUCAUGUGGGCCUAAUUUCUACUUAACUUAUGUACUACGCGACUUCUCGAGAUCACAAAUUGAUUACAUACUCGGUAAAAACCCACAAAACAUGAGCUAUGUUGUGGGCUUUGGAGAGAGGUACCCAAAACGUGUACACCACAGAGGAGCUUCAAUUCCAAAGAACCGGAAAGAGAGUUGCAAAGGAGGAUGGAAAUGGAGAGAAAGCUCAAAGGAAAACCCAAAUGUGAUUGAAGGAGCAAUGGUCGCUGGACCGGACGGACAUGAUGGGUUUCAUGAUGUUCGUACGAACUCAAACUAUACAGAGCCGACACUGACGGGCAAUGCGGGUCUCAUUGCUGCUCUAGUUGCCUUAUCAGGACAAAAAGACAAUUUAGACAAAAACGGUAUCUUCUCUGCGAUACCUCCUUUGUUCCCGGUCGCACCUCCGCCACCAGCACCUUGGACACCUUGAUUAGUUUACCUUUGCUCUCAUCUCUCUUUAAAUCUAUCCUCUCUUUAAAUCUAUGUUUUAUCAUGUUGUUAGCAUGUACUACUACUUGUGAAAACAAAACAAUGGGUUAUGGGUCUGGUCUGUUGAAGAACACUUAGCUACGAAUGAUUGAAUGAUUGAUGAUUUCGAAUUGUUAA